AAAUCCCGCGCUCAGAGAAAGGCGUGACCUCUCCGCCCUCCCCUUUCUUCUGCGCUCGGGAGACCCCGUCGAUCCCUUUUGCCUUCUCGGCUCCACAGAGAGAAGAUGCCCGGAGUAACAGUGAAAGACGUUAACCAGCAGGAGUUCGUCAGGGCCCUGUCUGCUUUCCUCAAGAAGUCUGGAAAGCUAAAAGUACCGGAAUGGGUAGACACUGUUAAACUUGCCAAACACAAGGAACUGGCACCUUAUGAUGAGAACUGGUUCUACACCCGUGCUGCUUCCACAGUUCGUCAUUUGUACCUCCGUGGUGGCGCCGGAGUUGGCUCCAUGACAAAAAUCUAUGGUGGUCGCCAGCGCAAUGGCGUCAUGCCAAGCCACUUCAGCAGUGGAUCCAAGAGCGUGGCCAGGAAGGUGAUGCAGAGUCUGGAGGGGCUCAAAAUGGUGGAGAAAGACCCCAAUGGAGGUCGCAGACUGACUCCACAAGGACAGAGAGACCUUGACAGAAUUGCUGGACAGGUUGCAGCAGCCAAGCUGAAACAUGUGUAAACAAAAAAUAAAAUAUUCUGUUCCAGAAAA